AUGUCCACGACCCUGCCGAUAGCUCUCCUGGCGAUCUUGCACUGUGCUGUGGCAGAGGAUGUGGAGGCAAACACUUUCAACAGCUACCUCCAGGAGCAGGUGUGCCAGGCUUGCAAGGACUUGGACCCGGAGGACAAGGCCAUCUUGGAAGGUGUAGCUGCAGUGGAGCGCGCACAUCUCCACGAUGUCGUUCUGUACCUUGCCCUCCCUUUCGAUGUCUACACCCUGGCCUGGAUAUGGCAUGGCAUUUCAAACGAGGAUAUGCUGACAUGGAAGCCGCUGGACAAAGUCCACACUCCUUACCCGGCCGCAGCGAUGCGGCUGGCACUUCGAGUCUUCCACACAGGCCAGCAGUUUCCGGUUUUCAAGGCGCCUGACUUGGAUCUUUGCUGGCCAGUCUCCGGCCGACCGUCGGUCAGGGAGACCGGAGGUCAGCGGCGUGCAGGCACAGUGACUUCCAUCUCGGAAGGAUCGCACAGCAUCACAGUGGAGUACGACAAGGAGUCCGAGCAGUACGUGCCUGACGACACUGGGUGCUUCCCUUUGGUCGAUGCCGCCAGAGAAAGUCAGGCGAAGGCCUUGACCGAUGAGGAGCUCAUCAAGAAUGGCGUCAGCAGCGCCAGCUCCUUGAAGAGUUACUUGACAAAGCUGGGGAUCGUUGUCCAAGACGGCCACGACGGCACCAAACCGGAUCAAAUCCCCGGAAUUAGCGAAAGACUUCUGGCCCUGAAUCUCAAUGCCUUCGGCUCUUGGCAGGUUGGACCCAAGGAGAGCAGCUGGGAUCAGUUCCGCAUGAACGGCAUCUCCUUCGCUUCUGCAGCGGGCCUUGGCGGGCAGCUCCCUUUCUUGAAGGACAUUUUUGACGAGCGGCAGCUGGCAGCAAAUGUCCAGGAGCUCGUGCAGAAACAGCUUCAACUCCUUGUCUGCGUGGUUAAGAACCGGACUAUCGAGCCUGGUACCGUGACUGGAUGUGAUUCCCUCGUGGCAGACAUGAAGUCUUUGAUCAGCUGCCCAACAGCCACAGACCUCACGGAGCUGAUGUCGACAGCACUCCCUCCGUCAGUCUCGGCGUGCAAGAAGGUCGUCACGACUGUCGGUACUCCAAGCACAAAGUGUGGCACAGACGUUUUGCUGCAGUUGGUCAUGACUCCGGAUUUGGCCAACGAUCUGGCAUACCUUAGCAAGGAAGGGGGCUUUCCAGACUCAGCGCGAGAUGAGGGCGAAAGCUUCGUUCGCGGCUACAACGGAUUGAAGAACACCCCGAUUGGCCACUUGCCAGCUUUCGAGAUUCAAGCCACAAGGGGAAAGUUGUCGGCGCUCCGUUACACAGCGGUGGUGCCGAAGAAGAAGAGGACCGUAGUCCUGUCGUCUGCACUUUCGCUCGCCGCGGAGGUGCCGACGAAGGAGGAGCCCGAGUCCUGCGAGGUCGCGGUAGCAAAAGAGGGCGCCUCAGCCUUCCCUCCAGGGAGCACGCUUGCGUCUCCCUGCAACAUCUGCGGCACGAAUGCGUGCCAUGACCUGAAGCUGGGGCACAAACUGUGCGGAGGAAGCAAUCAGGCCCUCGUUACGAGCAUCACGAGCAUCGUUGCGGUUAGCAGCAAGCCACCGCUGCAGUCUCGUGAGACGCCAAGACUCUCGCACCUCGUGCGCAGCGACCCGCUACUCUUCCAGGGAGCAGGCAGACAGGAAUCUAAGGCCCUGACCGGUCUGGCUUUCAUGAGGGUCGGCCGUGUGACCCAGCAGCAGCAGUUUCUGCAGGCUGCGCACUCGUCCGUCUUUCGCGACACAAAGAUGAUGUCCGCCGUGGCAGGUAUUGCAUCGGAUAUCCGCGACACAGUUCUCGGACAUGUUGAUACAUGUUGGACCACAACAAGCACGACAACCUCGACAACAACCACAACUACCGGCGAGGUGAGGCCUCCCUUCUUCCAAGGUGAUGUUCAUCCCUUGAGGACUGCUGGCAUCAUGCUGUUGGCUGCGCUUUCUGUGGCCGCCUUGUGCUACUACAGGCUGCAGAGAGCCGCGCCGGCGCGUGGUUUGCGAGCCAUUGAAAUGCAAGUGGAUGCUAAGAUGGAGCAGCUUCUAAAAGAGAUGCCUGCAGAGGAAGAAGCACCACCGAGCUUUAUGAGCGCAAAGGACGUUUGGGAGACUCAGGCCUGGAGAAGUUUGAGCGGAAGUGCGACCGGAAGCGGGAGCAACCCGAGACGAGGUUCGGGAGCUUCCGGGUCUACAGACAUGCCACUGGAUGAGCCACUUCGACGCCCACCUGGUUUGGAAGAGAUCGAUGAAGGAGAUGUGGCUUCAACGCUCAAGGCCAUGUUCCCUCAUGCGAAGGUUCGAACCGGAUCCGAGGAAUCGGCUGAUGUCGAAGUCAGUGUGAGCAAUGAUGUCGAUCAGGAAGACUCGCUUGCCGACCCCGAGGUGUUAAGUCGCGUCGAGGCCUUGCAAAAGAGCACCAGUAGCGCCCUCGACGACCGCGCCCAGAAGAGCCUUGGCAGCCUGGAGGCUGCGAAGGCACUGGAGGUUCUACAGAAGGUGGAAGAGUUGGUGGAGGCCCAAGGGGGAGAAUGUCGCAACCUUUCCUCGAUGCUGCAAUCGGUAUGUCGUAAAAUGGAAAGGAAGAUGCUCUCGGACGCCAAGGCAAAGACGCUGGAGGUGAAUCCGGGCAUGGACCAAGCUGCCUCUGUCAGGCCAACGGCAGAGGAAAGCAAGGAGUACUGGACGGUGAAGCGCAUCGAGAAAGCAGCUGAGCGUGCCUUCGAGACAUGGUACGAGGGCGACCGAUGGCGGCUCAAGUUUUCCAUGGCAGGCCUAGACCCUUCGUUGUCGGACAUUGCAAUGGAGAGGUGCAUGGCCUGGCUGCGACGACGUUUAGCGGAGUUCAAGGAUGCGAGUGGUCCCAAAGUUCUUCGUCAAUGCCGGGCCGAGGAGACCGAGAAAUGCCAAGUGCCUCGAGUUUAUGGAGCUUGCUACGCGGCCAGGUGCCGCUUGCUCGCCGAGGUGCCUAUGGCCCACGAGCUUUUCUGGCUGAAGCGACAGGCGCGAAGAGCAGUCCUCAAGCGGUUAGCCAAGGAGGCGGCGGAAUUCGGGCCGGCGCUGCGUCGAAAGGCGGCGGAGCUGCGGGCGAGCGCGGCACGGCAACGACUGGAGAUGCUCCGGUCUGGGCAGGUGGAGCAGUAUGAAGCUCUGCUGUCGGAGACGAAGGACAAGCGGGUACAGGAAGUCCUGGAAGAAACCAACCGCAUUAUGGCUGAGAUCGGGCCAGUGUCGCCCAAGUUGGACGAGAAGGUCGGACAGCCACGGUCCCUGCAGCAUGGGCAAUUGAUGCCCCAUCAACUGGCUGGCCUGCGCUGGUUGGCAAGGUUGGUGGAUCAUCGGAUGAGUGGCAUCCUGGCAGAUGACAUGGGCCUGGGAAAAACUGUUCAAUCGCUUUCGCUGCUCGCUUUUCUGUCCGACAGCCGCGAUCAGCACGGACCACACUUGGUGGUGGCGCCACUGAGCACUCUCCAAAACUGGGUUGACGAGAUCAUGCAGUGGGUCCCAAGCUUCCGCUACCUUGUCUACCGCGGCAGUGAGCGGAACCUAUCUGCUGCCGAGAAGGCCAUUAUGUCGCCGGACCAAAAUCACAACAUCAACCUGGUUCUCACUACCUAUGAGACUGUGGCAAGCCGCUUCGCAUUCCUGGGCCACUAUCCUUGGUACUGCGUGGUAGUGGACGAGGGACAUCGCAUCAAGAACUUCCAUGCUCGCAGCAGCCAGGCGGUGAGGCGCCUGCCCUGUCAGCACCGCUUGCUGUUGACUGGAACGCCGAUUCAGAACUCACUGAGAGAACUGUGGAGCCUCUUGUCCUUCGUGGCUCCGGGCGCCUUCAACUCCCUGGAGAACUUCGAGCAGUGGUUUGCUUUGCCGCCCCCGCCGUCUGUCCGCCUGGGAGCCCAGGAGGCUGAUGAGGCCGAGAUGAGCCAGCUGCUCUCCGAAGAGGAGGAGCUGCUGAUCAUCCAGCGCCUGCACAAGGUGCUUCGCCCGUUCCUCCUCAGGAGGACGAAGGAACAGGUCCUCACGGACCUUCCACCCAAGACAGAGGCAGUGAUAUGGGUUCCACUGUCGUCUUGGCAGAAGGUGUUGUAUCGGAAGGGCCUCCGCACAAUCCAGCGUGUGGCAGGCCCGGCAAAAUUGAGUUCGGGCGGCGUGUCCGCCAAUGCCAUGUCGGGAAUGGCCUUGCGAAAGGCUGUAAAUCAUCCUUACCACUACCUGAGCAAGAAGGCUGCGUCUGGGCGGCCCGUCGAGGAGCUGAUUCGGGCUUCGGGCAAGCUUGAGUUCUUGGACCGGUUCCUACCGAGGCUGGUGAAGCUGGGUCACAAGAUUCUUAUCUUUGCACAGAUGCGGACCUCCUUGGACUUCCUUCAGAGGCUGUUGGAGCACCAGGGCCUUAACUUCUCGCGCAUCGACGGGUCCGCGCCCUCGACGAGGCGUGCGGAGGCGGUUAGCGAUUUCAGGCGCAAUGCCUCGAUCAGUGUUAUGCUGCUUACAACGAAAGCUGGUGGCUUGGGCCUGAAUUUGCAAGCUGCGGACACUGUCAUCCUUUUCGACAGUGACUGGAAUCCGCAGUCCGACCUUCAAGCCUGCGAUCGUGCUCAUCGGAUUGGCCAGACGCGGCCUGUGCUCGCUGUGCGCCUCAUGACGCCCACAGCCAUGGACCGGGGUCUCUUGGAGCGAAGCACCAGGAAGCUGCAGAUGGAGAAGAAGAUCAUCCGGGCCGGACACUUCUCUGACUCCUCGGCCGAGAUGUCCAAGUCGUUGCUGAUGCAGUUGGUGAAGGAGGCACGUCAGACGAACAAGGCUGAAAGCGGCCACCGCGCCAGCAGCUUGGCGGAGAUGAAUCGACUGAUGGCCCGGUCGGACGAGGAGAUGGAAACAUUCACUCAGCUCGAUCGUGGCUUAUUGGGUGAGGCGAACGAUGCCAGCACCACAGAGGAGAUCUUGGAGAAGGCUGGACGCCUCGUUCGGAUCGACGAAGUUUCCGCAAAAGCGGGCCGCAAGCACCGCCUCUCUGUCCGGGCCGUUGUGGACAGCCUUGACACCGCCAUCAGAAGCGCCAAGCGGCGGAUUCACUUUUUGGAGCCGUCCCUCGGUUCUCAGCAGCCCGGGGAGGGGCGACAGCGCGAAUAUUGGAGUUGGCCUGCUUUUGAAUCGACGCCCUCAUUCAACGAGUCAGGCUACCCGCAAGCAGGUGGGAGGGACGGGUGGAGGGAAGUUAUGAGUGUUCUUUGCGAAACAGCACCCGAGCUGUUAGAGUCAGCAUCCGGAAAAGAGGCUGCGUCCGGUGCUGGGCUGCGACUGCAAGUGGCAUUCGCCAGAGCAUGUUCAGACUGGAAGGUGGACUUCAGCCAGAACGACAUGAGCGACCGAGCGCUGUGGAUGCUGUUGGAUUGCCUAACUCAGUUUGAGGCUGGCUGUGGAGCGGCGGUUCCAGUGUAUUUCUUGGCUCCGGAAUGUACUUGGCAGGUGCAGGCCAGCUACCUCAAGCUCAACAACAACAGGAUUUCAGGGGCCGGAAUGUUGGCGCUUUGUGAGUUCAUUCGGAACAACAAGCGCGCAGGCCAGAUCUAUGAGCUGCACUUGUCGCAGAAUCAGAUCGAUGAUGCAUCAGCCUUGGAGUUGUUCCGGACGCUGAAGGAGCUGAAGCACAGGUACCCACCGAAGAGGGAGAUUCACGGCUAUGAAGGCCUGCACCUUGUUCCACUUUGGCUGCGGCUGAGUCGAAACAAGAUUCGCGACCCCGCAGCUCUGCUUGAGACACUGACGGCCGAGGAGAUCACGUUCUGCCCUGCGUUGCGCAGGGACGGAUGUGGCCCGGGGUACUGUUCCUGGGAGGAUACCCCGCUGGUUCACCUGCCCUUUUUCUCAGAGCAGGUCGCGGAAGAGGAAAUGGAACACGAUGCUGCCUACCCCGCGGAAGAGGCAUACGAUCGCGAUGGCGAUGCUCGUGAGCACAGGGACCGCCCCCGUCGCCGGGGAGGGCGAAACCGAAACCGCUGGAAAGGCACGGGAGAGGCCGCCGAGGACUGA